UUUGUUCCUACUAUUCCCAAGAUGGUCACCAGUUAAACCCAAAGAGAACACAUGUCAGCGAGGAUUCGAACUCAGGUCUUAGAGACAGAGAGAAUCUCCAAAGAAAACGCGAAGAAAGCUACCCAGAGAGAGAGGAAGAGACCAGAGUCUAGAAGAAGAAGAAGAAGAUCAAGAUUCUCAUUUCUUCUUCAAUGCAAGGCAAAUCAUCUCCAGACCUCGAAUCAAUCGGGUCUGGCACAACAACCACAAAGCGAUCAAGCGGGAGCAGAUCUCGUACACGGAGGAGAGACUUCCUCACCAGGUUCACCAACACUGAACGUUUCACUGAGAAUCUCCAAGACUGGUUCGGUUCAGUAUUAAAUAACCAUGAUAAUAACAAACCGGUAUUUGAACCGCCUUUCGAGCUCGUCGAGCUGCAGAAGUUCGACUACGCCUUGGAAGGCGUCUCCUUCCAGCAGCUUACUCGAAUGCCUUCGAACGCCGUCUACGCAUCGACUUCCACCUCGGUGGAAGCCAAUGCGUAUCUAGCGGUGGAGGAUUUCCUCCACGCCGCGGUUAAGAGCCUCUGGGAGGCGUUUUGGAGCCGUCAUGAGGAGGAGGAGGAGGUUCCUUUCUCUGUUGGGUGUUUGUUUGGUGAGAGUAUGAAGUUUUAUCAGGCUGAGAAGGCUUUACCUCUUGGGAAGCUUGACGGGCUUUCCGCGGCUGGUGUGUUGCUGAAGAACCCGCGGCAUCCUCACGGGAAGUGGGAUCAUGUUCUUGAACUUGCUCUUCUUAGGCCUCAAGUUGGAAGCUUUACGGUUGAGAGUUCGUUGCCUGUGUUGGGAGAAGCUCUUUUCUACGCUCUCCGUGUGCUUAUCUCGAGAAGUGUGAGCCGGUUGGAUUUUUCUCAAAGCUCCAACUGUGUGUUUGUUCUUUUGGUUGAUUUGCAGUACGGGGGAGUUGUGAAAGUGGAAGGGGAUGUGAAUAAGAUGUAUUUCGAUGUGAAUAAUGUUUAUGAGUGCGCUGCGGAUUGGGUGAAGAACCAUUGCAAGAUCUCUGUGUCGCCGGUUGAUAGGAUAUGGAACAAGCUGGGGAAUGCUAACUGGAGAGACAUUGGUGCUUUGCAAGUAGUUUUCGCGACUUACCAUUGUAUAAUGCAGUACUUUGGACCGCCCAGGCAUUCUAUUGAAGACUUAGCUGCUGACCAUAGUUCCCGUGUUCACUCGAGAAGACAGGAGAGGCAGUUGGGGGAUACUGGUCUUAAUGAGAAUGGUGUGUUUAGGCUCCAGCAAAGAAUAAUGUCUCCUGAAAUUGUGGAAGUUCAAGAAGAGUCAACUAAAAUUGAAUCUGAAGCGUUGAUGAAACUGGAAGUGGGAUCGGUUCUGUGGCUGGAGGAUUCAAACUAUCAAAAAGGGUAUCAGAUUGACCAAGUGUUGACUAACGGUACACUUCCUUAUCAUAUCGCAUCACCAGUGGAUGAAGCAGGAAAGUCUGUGUUUCUCUACGUUGGUUCUCCUCCUUCACAGCUAGAGCCAGCUUUGGAAGACAUGAGCUUGUGGUAUCAGGUGCAGAGACAAACUAAAAUACUAAGUAUAAUGAAACAGAGAGGACUUUCUAGCAAAUACUUGCCGCAGCUCCACGGGUCUGGUCGGAUCAUUCACCCAGGCCAGUGUCAAAAACCAAGCUCAGGUGGACGGUGUGAUCAUCCUUGGUGCGGAACUCCCAUUCUUGUCACCACUCCCGUUGGCGAGACAGUAUCUGAUAUGGUGAACGAGGGCCGGUUUGGUCCAGAAGAAGCUAUUAGAUGUUGCCAUGAUUGCUUAUCUGCACUCUCAACCUCCUCUUCAGCUGGAAUACGCCAUGGUGACAUCCGUCCAGAGAACGUAGUUUAUGUCACUUCAGGUGUGAGACAACCAUACUUUGUACUAAUAGGUUGGGGUCACGCGGUGCUUGAGGAUAGAGAUAGACCUGCAAUGAAUCUUCACUUCUCCUCUACUUACGCACUCCAGGAAGGGAAACUUUGUGCUGCCUCGGAUGCGGAGAGCUUGAUAUACAUGCUUUAUUUCUGUUUUGGAGACUUGCCUGAAUUGGAUUCAGUUGAAGGAGCUCUUCAAUGGAGAGAGACCUCUUGGUCGAAAAGGUUGAUUCAGCAGAAGCUAGGUGAUGUCUCAACCAUUUUGAAAGCGUUUUCUGACUACGUUGACAGUUUAUGUGGGACACCGUAUCCUCUGGAUUAUGGGAUAUGGUUGAGAAGAUUGAAGAGGAAUCUUUCAGAAGAUCACGGAAAAGAAAUCGAAACUUCAGGCUAAUGGGGAUGUAUAAAAAACAUUCGAUUCCUUUUGAACAUUCUUUCAGGUGCUCUCUGCUUUAACCUGUCCGAGACUGGAAAGCUUCACGAUGAGACACGUAUGCGCGUUUUGCCAAGUUUGAGUAGUUUGGACCUUGUUCUGUUCUUCUUGUACAUGAUCUCCUAAAUGGAUUAGAUUCUGUGUUUAUCUUCUCUGUCAAUCUUUUGUUCCUUUUCGUCAUUAUCAUUAUUAUCUCCAAGAGUGGUUCUCUAUUAUUAGGGCUCACUGCCUAAAACCCCCUUCAAACACAAUAACCCUAUCUAUUCCUCCCUACACUAUCUAACUCUUGAAAAAACCACCUAUUGUUAUAAAUUCUCUGCAUAUUGCUCUCCAUUAUUUUUAACUCUACCCAGAUCCCUUUCUCUAAUCAGAAAGCAAAUCAAAAUUAAGAAUUAACAAAUCGCGUUUUGUAAAUUACGGAUUGCCCAUUGAACAUGACCCAUCCGACUUUACAAAUCGAUCCGAGUUAACUAAAAAAGAAAAUUGAUUUGGGGAAAACUAAAAUUAGGGUUCGUUUUUCUUUUUCAGGACACUAAAAUGAAGAUGAGAGAGAGAGAAGAAGAACCAUGAACGAGAGUAGAGAGUGCAGAAGAGACAGAGAGAAGCAGCAACAAAUGGUACCAUGGAGGAAACAAGACGCAAAGAGACACCGACAAGCAUGGUAGAGAUGUUCGACAGUAUAAUUUUUAAGCUUGUUUAACUCAAAUUCUUAUUUGAUUAUGUCUGGAUUUGAGUUUGAAUUUAUUUUGUUUGGUAAAGAUGAAAUAAAUGAAAUUAAAAGUGAUGA